GUCUCAGUUAACUAUUUUCGGGAUGACCAGCUACGUUUUGCUUACUCUCACCUCCCUGGGCUUCAUCAUUGAGCAAAGGCCAUCAUCAGCCUUCUUGGAGACGAUUCGCUGCGUUGUCAUGGUAAUGCUGAUGCGGUACAGCUACCUGAGGUCCGCCUUGCCUUUACUCUCUGUCCCCACUGAGGCCUUUGUCUCCCUCUCGCUGCUCUACUGGGCCCUGCAGAGCGUCUCCCAGCUGCUCAGCAUCAAGAAGAAAGACGACUGAGACACCGACGAGAUCCAGGAAGAACGGGGACGUCUGGAUUCAAAGGAUUUCAUCUUAGCAUGUUUUGAUCUGUCAAUCUAUUAAGUUGUAGUUUAUUAGGAAAAAGAAACAGAAUUGGUUCAGCUUCUGCUUGAUUUUAACCUUUUAAUGCGCAGCUGCUUCAAGCUUGUUUAUAACAAAAGCUUAAUUAUGUAAAUGAGCCAUUAACAAAGAGAAAAUAGGCUGAUAAUUUUGCCAAAACAUUAUUCAUUUUUAGAAGUAUUAUGUUUAAAAUGUCACUGCUAUCAUAGGUGCUGCAGUCCACAGUGAAGGACCAAUAAAUCCCUCUUAUCAGAAGAGUGCUGUUCAUACUGAAGCUGUUCAUUUCAAAGCUAGAACAGAAUUGAUGCUCAACGAUGUACAGUCCGUUUUCCAUUUCUCAUUGAAAUAAAAGUACUUAAAUUCUU